AUGCUUGGGUUACCAAAUAUUCCAAAUCUAAACUUUCCUACAUUUUCAGAAGAGUUUUUGCCUAAGCCAUGUAUGGUAAGACCAAAUGAAGGUAUCUCAGUUGCACCUGCACCACCUCUGACAUUACAACAACUACGUCUCAGUCACAAACUAUCACCUAUGAUAUCCACUAAAGAAAUAUCGAAGAACAAUGCUCAUAGUGUUACUACUAGUACUGGUGUUGCAAUGGAUCGUCGUUGUAGUAAUAGUAGUAGUAAUAUUGAGAGAUUGGCUUCCAAGUGGAGAGAAGUUCAAGGGUCAAAAAAUUGGGAAAACCUAGUAGAUCCAUUGGACUCUCUACUCCGAUUGGAGAUUAUUCGAUAUGGAGAGUUUGUGGCUGCUUGUUAUGAUGCAUUUAAUCUUGAUCCAAAUUCAAAAAGAUACUUAAAUUGCAAGUAUGGGAAGAGGAGGAUGUUGAGUGAAGUAGGGUUGGGUGAAUCAGGCUAUCAAGUGACAAAAUACAUAUAUGCUACUCCAGACAUAAAUGUCUUCCCAAUUGGUAGCAAUAUUACUAUUGGCUCAUCAUGUGGAAAAUGGAUUGGUUAUAUUGCAGUAUCAAAUCAUGAAGAAACAAAGAGACUUGGGAGGAGAGAUGUGCUUGUUACUUUUCGAGGAACGGUUACUAGCCCUGAAUGGAUAGCCAAUUUGAUGAGCUCAUUGACUCCUGCUCGUCUUGAUCCUCAUAAUCCUAGACCUCAGGUUAAGGUUGAAGCUGGAUUCUUGAGUUUGUACACCUCCAAUGAGGACAAGAAGUUUGGCCUUGGAAGUUGUCGCGAGCAACUACUAUCUGAGGUAGGGAGAAUACUAAAUAAGUAUAAAGGGGAGGAUAUGAGCAUAACUUUAGCCGGACAUAGCAUGGGGAGUGCAUUAGCCCUCUUACUAGCUUAUGACAUUGCAGAGUUGGGCCUGAAUCGUGACAAGUUGUUGAAUACAGAUCACACUAUACCUUUAACGGUUUUUUCCUUUGGAGGACCAAGAGUUGGAAACUCAGGCUUCAAAGAGAGGUGUGAAGAGUUAGGUGUAAAAGUGUUGAGAAUAACAAAUGUAAAUGAUCCCAUAACAAAACUUCCUGGGGUUUUUCUGAAUGAGAAUUUUAGGGUUUUGUGUGGGAAGUAUGAGGCACCAUGGAGUUGCUCAUGUUAUGCACAUGUUGGAGUUGAAAUCUUGCUAGAUUUCUUCAAGAUGCAUAAUCCUUCUUGUGUACAUGACUUAAAAACUUAUCUUAGUUUACUCAAGUGUCCAAAGAGGUUGCAAGUUCAAAGAGAAGAAGGCAUUGAUUUCUUCAAUAAAGCAAAGGAGUUUGUCAUUUAUGGAGCUCAAAAUAAAUUAAAAUUCAAUGCAGCCUUGCAGUGGAAAAAUGCUGCUAUGAAUAUGGUGAACAUGGUUCAAUCCCAAAGGACUUAG